ACAGAGACAAUUGUCAAUCCUCAUAAUUAUUCUUAUAUUUUAAAUCGGCCUGAGGCGUGUAAUACAAACACAGUACUAAUCAUGAUCGUGUGCACAAGUAUGAACAAUUUUGGAGAACGUGAAGCCAUCAGGAAUACCUGGGGAGCAGUGGGAGGAGAUAUCAACUCCAAUAUCACUCUACUGUUUUUGGUUGGAAGUGGUAGUUCAGAAGAUGUUCAAAAACAAAUUUUCAAUGAAAGCAAUCUUUAUAGGGAUAUCAUUCAAGAAAGGUUUACAGACAGUUACCGGAAUUUAAGUAUCAAAUCACAGGCCAUGCUCAAAUGGAUUAACUCAUUUUGUUUAACAGCCAAAUACGCUUUAAAAAUAGAUGACGAUAUGUAUGUUAAUGUUCCUAAUUUACUAAAAGCAAAGACAUCACUAAAGACAAAACUCUUUUGGUUGGAAGAUAUUUAUAUAACAGGACUGUGCGCA